AUGCGCGUGACGGUUGUCCUACUCGCCGCCGUUGCGGUUAGCUUCGCCAGCGCCGCUACCAACGCUGAUCAAAACUCUCUCUCGACGAAGACUUCGUUGGGUUUGGUAGAUCCGAUUGAUGGUACUCUCGGCGACAUCAACAACAAUGGCAAGCGGUUCCUGCGCAGACAGAAGCCAUCUGAAGACGACGAUGCCGAUGUUGACGACAGUGAUGUUGACGAAGAGAGAAUUAACGCUUCCAAACUACGUGAUUUGGUCAGUGGCAAAACAAGCAAACAGUUUGAUCAUUGGGGAAAGCAAAAACUCUCGCCUUCAAGAGUUUGGGACAAGCUGGAAGGUCUCAGCGAGACGAAUCGCAAAAAGGUUUACGAUUGGUACUUCAAAGACAUCUACCGCAACGGCAAUUGGCGUCGUUGA